UUGAACUCCAUUAUGUUCCCUUUCUCCUCCUUGCAAGUCGAGUAUAGCAAUUUCCAUCGUUCAUCACAAAUCAUGUCGAACGCCCUGAGCAUGACCAACUCCGGCUUUCCCCACUCGUGGAUCGUGUCCGGGCAGGACUUCUGUCCCAUCACGUACUCCUCUAUCCAGAGCCACAACUCGGCGGUGUCCAGCAACCUGGCCACGGUCGAACCGGGACUAAUCGAGCUGCGGAAGGAGAAAUCGCGUGAUGCGGCCAGGUCACGGCGGGGCAAGGAGAACUACGAGUUUUACGAGCUGGCGAAGAUGCUGCCUCUACCGGCCGCGAUCACGAGCCAGCUGGACAAGGCGUCCAUUAUCCGGCUGACGAUCAGCUACCUCAAGCUGAAGGAGUUCAGCGAGAACGGCGUCCCUUCGUGGUGUAAGGAACCAAUGGGUUUCCAGAAUUACAACUCGCCCCAGUAUUUCAACGAGAUGUUUGAGACGCACCUCGGCACGCACAUCCUGCAGUCGCUGGACGGGUUCGCCAUCUCCACCGGCGUCGAUGGGCGCUUCCUGUACAUCUCCGAGACGGUCUCGAUCUACCUCGGGCUGUCGCAGGUGGAAAUGACCGGUAGCAGCAUUUUCGACUACGUGCACAAGCACGACCACGCGGAGGUCGAGCAGCAGCUGGGCGUGAAAAAGAGUGCCGAGUACUCGGCCUACGGUGGCUACGCGGAUGAACCUCCCGAGAAGACGACGGUGCUGAAGCUCGGCAAGGAGCAGUCGGGAGCGGCGCACGGCGUCGGCGGUAAGGGUCUGCUGCCGGGCGAGACGUACGAGGGUGACGACCGGGCGUUCUGCAUCCGCAUGAAGUCGACGCUGACCAAGCGCGGCUGCCAUUUCAAAUCGUCCGGUUACCGGGUGAUCCUGCUGCUGUGCCACCUGCGCAAGAAGAACAACAACGCGGCGGAGGAGCCGCAGCAUGGUCCCACCACCGACAAGCAGACGGUGAUCGGCAUGGUCGGGAUCGGGAUCGCGCUGCCACCGCCCUCGCUGCACGAGAUCAAGCUAGAGUCGGAUAUGUUCGUGUUCCGCACCAGCCUCGACCUCACCAUCAUCCACUGCGAGAACAGGAUUUCCAGUUUUCUGGACUACACCGCCGACGAGCUGAACGGCAAGAGCAUCUACACCCUCUGCCACGGACAGGAUGCGCACAAGCUGAAGAAGAGCCACAGCGAGCUGAUACAGAAGGGCCAGGUGCUGACACCGUUCUACCGCAUCCUGAACAAGAACGCCGGCUACUUCUGGAUCCAGUCGUGCUGCACGAUGGUCUGUCAGACGAAGAACAUGAGCGACCAGACGGUGAUCUGCGUGAACUACAUCAUCACCAAGCCGGAGAAGGAGAACCUGAUCCUCGACAUCUCCCAGAUCCCGUCGGUGGCCGGCGGCGACUACCCGCAGCACAGCGUCAAGACUGCCCAGGGUGGCGUGAAGAAGUCGGGUCCGGUCGUCGCCGAUUUCGACCUGGACGGCAAGAGCCUGGGUGGAGGCGAGCUGGGUGGUGGUGGCGUCGGGGGACAUCAGCACCAUCAUCAUCACCAGCAGCACCAGCCCGACGGUUACCUGGAGGGGCAGCAUGGCCAUGCGCACGGCGUCGAUCACAAGGACCUGCUGGAGAAGACGGCGCUGGCUAAGCAGUACGCUCAGGACGGGGGUCACAAGCAGGCGGGCGGGCUCGGCGGCAUGGUGUUCGGCGGCCCGGACAAGAAGGACCUCGAGUUCAAAGAUAAGCUGCUCGAGCGUGAGAAAGGCUGCAGCAAUAGCAAGCACCAGCGACUGAAGAGCGGCAGCCCGAUGCUGAACCAUCCGAACGAGAACGGAGGCAACGCGGUGGAGAAGAAGUCGUCCGGCAGCAAAAAGAGCAUCAACAACCGCGCCAGCGUCAUCCGCGUGCUGAACAAGUCCUCCAAGAAGGUGCUGCAGGAGACGCACUAG